AUGACGCUGCAUCAUCGCACGAGCAACCUUUCUCUCAGCCAAAAGUAUAAUUUUGUCCCUGACGUAUCCGGAGGCAAUCGAGAAGUUCGGUCUUCUGUUGCGCAUGCUCUUGGCACUGGAGCCGAAGCGCACUACGCCACAAGCACCUUGAAAGGCUGGCAGAGUGAUGUGUGGUCGAAGGUCUAG